AAAAUUUCUCAAAAAGAGGAUUUCCAGAAACCAGAAAAUUUUGAAGUGAUGAAGUCUGGCGACUCUGCUACUACCAACUUCUGCGACGAACUCUCAAUCACAAGAUCAAAAAGACAUUUACCUCCAACUCAUUACAUGCUUAAGAUAGAGUCAUACUCUAUACUGUCCAAGAAUGCGGAAAAGUAUGAGUCUGGUGUUUUUGAAGCUUGCGGGCACAAAUGGAGGUUGUCUCUCUAUCCAAAAGGAAACAAAAAAAUGAAUGGGAGUGGUCAUAUCUCCCUUUACUUAGCAAUUGUAGAGACAGAAAAUCUUCCUCUUGGUUGGGAGAUUUAUGUCGACUUCAAAUUGUUCGUGUUUGAUCAGAUUCGGGACAAGUACUUGACCAUUCAUGAUGCUGAUGAUGGUUCAAUUAAAAGAUUUCAUGACAUGAAGACUGAAUGGGGCUUUACCAAAUUUCUUCCCUUGGAUACUUUCAAUGAUGAUUCUCAAGGAUACCUUGUCAAUGAUUGUUGCCUAUUUGGUGUAGAGGUUUUUGUUCAUAAUCAUAGUAGCAAACUGGAGUGUGUUUCCAUGACAAAACAACCUGCUAAUGGUACUUUGACUUGGAAGAUUGAAAACUUCUCGGCAUUAGAUGAAGAAUCUUAUUCUCAAGAAUUCACUGUUGCAGAUUCACAAUGGAAGAUACUGGUUUAUCCUAAAGGAGAUUCUAAUAAAAAGGAAGCGAUUUCUGUCUACCUCUGCUCAUGUGAUUGUCUUCUAUCGGAUCUCAAAUAUUUUGCAGAAUUCAAAUUACGGAUAAGGGACCAAAUCAACAAAAAUCAUGUAGAAAAAACGGCUAAACAUUGGUUUUCUAAAUCAAUGAAAGACCGGGGCUUUUCGCAAUUUUUGCUUCUAGAGAAUCUCAAUGAUGCAUUGAAGGGUUUUCUUGUGAAUGACACUUUAAUUGUGGAAGCAGAAAUUAUGGCUGUGUCUAACAUUAAGCUGUUCCCAUAGUGAUGGUGCCUACUAUUUUUCUCGGAACCGCAUUUGGUAAGAUUAGGGAGAUUUCUCUUUUUCUUUUUGGAGACUGGGAGAUUAUCCUUAUUGCAGUUGUAGAGAUAAUAUCAAAUUUGGAAUAACUUAUAUAUUUGUCAUGGUUAUCGUAGAUUGUGCAUGUUAUAUUACAUGAAUGUUCUGACU